GGUCUACAUUGGAAACUACAAAUUCGGAAUAACCACCUAAUUCUAAGUCUGCCACCCUACUUUCCCAAUACAAAAAGAGGUCACCAACCCUUAGAACUGAGAUUUCAAGGCACCGCAGUCGCCUAUAAUUUAUUACACAUUGCUGCCUUUUUCAUUCAACAACACCACACACACAAACAGAUCUUGUGUUCUUUUUCUUGUUUUAAAUUAGAUCGUAUAUACAUUCUCUCUUUCUCUCUCUCUCUCUCUCUCUCUCUCUCUCUCUCUCUCUAUAUAUAUAUAUAUAUAUAUAUAUAUACAAGUGCUGUUCCAACGUUGUCUCCUCCUGAUACUUGGUUACUCGAGUACUCAAAGGUUGCAGACACAGACUCUGAUACGCAUGGUGGUUUAGGCUCUUUUUCACAUAGAAGAGCCGUGAGAAACUACCUGUAUUUGUGUCUUUUUGGGCUGCCAAGACUCAAGAAUUCUCCAACUUUCAGCUUCUGACCAGCUACGGCAGUUUUGCAAUUGUGGGCUUGUUUUAAGGAAAUCGCGUCAUCGGAUUUUUCAGUAUGAUAUCUUCUCUCAAGCAGCCAGCUUUGCCGCUCCAUGACUCUAAUUUUCGCCACUCGAGGAGAAAUUUUCUUGCCCGUCACUCGCCGGUGUUGCCUUCUCUCCCGGCGGUGAAAACUUCGCGGGGUGCCGUUGUUUCCCUAUCUAAACCGCUCCAUGUCUCAAAGGUCGAGUCCUUUUCAAUUAAUAAAGAAAAGAAACCAUCUCUGAUCACUUGCAAGGCCUAUGAAGCUGACAGAUCAAAGCCGAUUGUUGAGUCGGCGGAGGCGAAGUCUGAGGCCGCGAGAAAACUGAAGAUCGGAAUCUACUUCGCCACAUGGUGGGGUUUGAAUGUGAUCUUCAAUAUUUAUAACAAGAAAGUAUUAAAUGCAUAUCCUUUUCCUUGGUUAACUUCGACGCUGUCUUUGGCUGCUGGGUCAAUAAUCAUGCUAGUUUCUUGGGCUCUGAGGAUUGUGGAAGCCCCAAAGACUGAUCUUGAUUUCUGGAAGAGCCUUUUCCCAGUUGCUGUUGCACAUACAAUUGGGCAUGUGGCGGCGACUGUGAGUAUGUCAAAGGUUGCAGUUUCAUUCACUCACAUAAUCAAGAGCGGUGAACCUGCUUUCAGUGUUUUGGUCUCAAGAUUCAUAUUGGGAGAGACGUUUCCACCAGCUGUUUAUUUAUCGCUCCUUCCGAUUAUUGGUGGUUGCGGUCUGGCCGCUCUCACUGAGCUCAACUUCAACAUGACUGGUUUUAUGGGGGCCAUGAUUUCAAACUUGGCGUUUGUUUUCCGGAACAUAUUUUCCAAGAAGGGCAUGAAGGGCAAUGCUGUUAGUGGGAUGAACUAUUACGCCUGCUUAUCAAUGCUAUCUCUGUUGAUUCUCACUCCAUUUGCUUUUGCUGUGGAGGGACCACAGAUGUGGGCAGUUGGAUUUAGAGAAGCCUUGUCCCAAAUUGGACCUCAGAUCAUUUGGUGGAUGGCGGCCCAGAGUGUAUUUUACCACCUGUACAAUCAGGUGUCGUACAUGUCGUUGGAUGAGAUAUCGCCUUUGACAUUUAGCAUUGGAAACACCAUGAAACGUAUCUCUGUCAUUGUCUCCUCCAUCAUCAUUUUCCAAACACCCGUACAACCUGUCAACGCUCUUGGAGCAGCAAUAGCCAUUCUUGGAACUUUCUUGUAUUCGCAGGCAAAGCAGUGAAGACCGUGGAAGUAGGAAUUCAGCAUGACAGAAGUAGAGUUUAUGUUUGGUCUGUAGCCAACUACAUUUGCUAGGUGGAGCAACAGCUUUACUUGUAGAUAUAUAAAUAAUGAGCUAAACAAAACUUUGCUCUUAUACAGUUUAUUUAGGCGGCAUUUUCCUGGUUUUGUUUUGUACUUAGAAAUUGAGAACUGUAGUUUCAAUAAACAAUGGAAGAACAACUCUUGAUUAGCAAUGAGAUGGAAUAUCUAGAGUCCAUUUAGGCAUCUCUAUAGUUGAUAUAUUAGUUAAUGCUAUAUAACCUUGGAGAAGUUUUUGCA